AUGACACCGGCUGAGCUGUGUCGCAAGCACGGCAUCAGUGACGCGACGUUCUACACGUGGCGCAAGAAGUAUGGUGGCAUGGACGUAUCGGACGCCAAGCGGCUGAAGGCGCUUGAAGAAGAGAACGCGAAGCUGAAGAGGCUUCUGGCGGAGCAGAUGAUGGAUGUAUCGACGCUUCGUGAGAGAAAAGCCGUGAGUUGGGCAAUCGAGAUGAAGGACUAUUCGCAGCGGCGGGCCUGUGCCCUGGUCGGCAUUGCGCCGCGCGUCUUCCGUUACCAGUCGAGCAGGCCGGACGAUGCCGGUCUGCGACAGCGCUUGCGGGACCUGUCAUCGGAACGGCGACGGUUCGGCUAUCGCCGCCUGCACCUGCUGUUGAAGCGCGAAGGCGUGGCGGUGAACUGGAAGAAGCUCUACCGGAUUUACAGGGAAGAGCGUCUGACGGUUCGAAAACGCGGCGGCCGCAAACGAGCCUUGGGUACGCGAGCGCCAAUGGCCAUUCCACAGGAUCCAAACCAGAGAUGGUCACUCGACUUCAUGUCGGACACGCUGGUCGAUGGACGCCGCUUCCGCAUCCUGUGUGUCAUCGACGACUUCAGCCGGGAAUGCCUGGCGACCGUCGUGGACAACUCGAUCUCGGGCGAACGUGCCGCUCGCGAACUGGAUGCGAUCGCCGAAAGGCGCGGCUAUCCCUGCAUGGUUGUCAGCGACAACGGCACGGAGCUGACCGCAAAUGCCAUGCUCGCCUGGCAGCAGAACCGCAGCGUCGAAUGGCAUUACAUUGCGCCCGGAAAACCGAUGCAGAACGGCCUCGUGGAAAGCUUCAACGGCAGGCUGAGGGACGAGUGCUUGAACGAGCAUCUGUUCCGCAGCUACCGCCAUGCCCGGCAGAUCAUCGAAAAAUGGAGGAUCGACUACAAUCUCAACCGGCCACACACGAGCCUCGACGGGCUCACACCGAACGAGUUUGCAACCCGGUCCGCAAUGGACCACAACGUGAACAGGGCUAACCUAUGA